AUGCCUCCUCAUCCGAAGGGGUCGGCCCAGUCCCCCAACCAGCACCGGGUUGGGGAGCAUUGGAGCGGAGCCAACCCGGUGCCGACAAUUGGGCGAUUCAUGGAACGCCUUCAAGAAGAUCAGAGGGAACGUGAAGCCCAUGAGCAAGCCAUGGCUGCGAAGAGCCAGCAAGAACGGCCACAGGCGGAGGGUGCCAUCCCUCAUAGACCUCGCAAAGUAGGAAAGGGCAGAACGCGCGAGGUUACAGAUCCGACGACUGGUAGGGAUAUUGAAGUUGAGGAUUUGGAUGAGACUGCUAUGGAGCCCGUCAAGGACCCAACGUUGGUGGUGCCAAACGCCAACCUUGGAAAAGAGACAUCAGUGAAGACAGAUGCGAACCAAUCGCUCGCCGAAUACAAGGAAAACCAAGAUAUUACAGCGCCCCCGGACCCCAUCGCGGAGGGGACUACUUCAGACGUCCCAAUCCAUGGAGAGAGAACGAAUGUUCUUUUCCACCCGACUCCAACAAUAUCCUUUAAGCCCAUGUUCGAGAAUCUGGAAAAGCGAGCGACUUCCCUGUGUAUUGGUAUCGUGUGUGGCAUCAUCGUCCUAGGCCGGACCUUUGGCGCCUCAUAUUGGGGUCUCAUUCCUCUAGCUGCCUGUAUUUCUAGUGGUGUGUGGCUAUGGGUACAAGAAGUGAUACGAAGUGGCAGGGAAAUGGAAUGGAGUAGUGAGCAAUUAAGAGGGCAAAUGGCAACAGCGAACCUAUUGCCGGAAUCUGUCGAAUGGAUGAACACAUUCAUGGGAAUUAUCUGGGGCUUGGUCAACCCAGACAUGUUGGCACCGGUUGCUGAUACGAUUGAAGAUAUCAUGCAAGCAUCUUCGCCUGGCGUUAUUGAAAAUGUUCGCAUUGCAGAGAUUGACCAAGGGAAUAACCCAAUUCGACUGCUAAGUCUGCGCGCACUGCCGGACGAUCAUGUACAACAGUUGAAAGAAAAUGCCCAUCAGAACAACGUCGAAAACAAGGAUGCCGAAGAAGCAGCCGCCAUGGAGGAAGGCGGGAGUUUCUACAACUUCGAGGCUUCUUUCGCCUACCAUGCAAAGCCCACCGGCCAGAGUGCUUCCGCCAAAGCUCGCAACAUGCACAUGCAGCUUGUUUUCUACCUCGGUGUCCGCGGUCUCUUUGGUGUGCCAUUUCCGGUCUUCGUGGAACUUAUUGAGAUGGUAGGAACGAUCCGUGGUAGACUUCAACUGGUCCCUGAAGCUCCCUUCGUCAAGGAUCUCACGUUUAGUCUUGCUGGGAUCCCCCAUGUUCGAGCCGGCUGUAUGCCGAUGUUCAAAACAGGAGUCAAUGUCUUGAACCUUCCUUUGAUUUCCAACUUUGUCAAUUAUGCCAUUGGUACUGCGUGCGGUAUUUUUGCAGCCCCCAAGUCAAUGACAAUGGAUCUCAGCAUGAUGGUAAAGGGUGACGACAUUGUCAAAGAUACACAGGCGCUCGGAAUCAUGUGGGUUCGGAUCCAUCGUGCUACGGGAUUAAGCAAACAAGACCAGCGCGGUAGUUUUGGUGGUGGAAGUGACCCUUAUAUCAACCUUUCGUUCUCGAAAUAUGGAAAGCCGAUGUAUUGCACAAGGGUGAUUUGCGAUGAUCUGAAUCCAGUCUGGGAAGAGACAGCAGGGUUGCUCGUGAACUCCGAGCUCAUCAAAGCGAAUGAGAACCUCAGUGUUGAGCUCUGGGACUCGGAUCGCCACACGGCAGAUGAUGUCGUCGGCAAAGUCGAGUUGCCCAUUCGUGAAAUGAUCCAGCACCCGUGCCGUAUGUACCAGCAAGUCUCAAAGCUCCAGGGCAUGAAUGAAGGAAGUGAGAUGCCCGGAGAGCUGCACUGGGAAGUCGGCUUCUUUGGCAAACCGAAACUGAGAAACGAGCUGAGGACCGACGGUAAGAUUAAGGAUUUGCCCAAGAACCUCAAGAAUGACCCCAAAUUCGAGGAUGAUAAGGGUAUCAUCAGUACAGAAGAGGAGGAAGCCGUCACGCACACGCCGCCUGAUCCUCUGUGGCCAAGUGGGAUUUGCAGUAUUGUCGUGCAUCAGAUCGUCAACCUGCAGCUUGCCAACGUCAAGGGCAGUAAUGGCGAUCGUCGGGGGAGGGAGUAUGAACCAGCCAGGCCUUCUGGAGAGAACACUGAGGAGCAAGGUAAUGAUUUGCCAACCAGCUAUUGCAAGAUCAUUCUAAACGACGAACUUAUCUAUCGUACACGAGCAAAAGCCUUGAGCUCAAAGCCCAUCUUCAACGCCGGAACAGAGAGAUUCGUGCGUGAUUGGCGCUCAGCCGUUGUCACGGUGGUUGUCAGGGACCAGAGAUACAGAGAGCACGACCCAAUUCUAGGUCUCGUCCCUCUCAAGCUUUCUGAUCUCUUCCAGACUAGCUCCCAGGUCACUAGAUGGUAUCCUCUAGAUGGAGGAAUUGGCUUCGGCCGGGUGCGCAUUUCGCUUCUUUUCAGACAUGUCGAAACUAAGCUUCCUCCAAAUAUGCUCGGAUGGGACGUUGGGACGUUCAAAUUCACGUCCAACAAUAUCACUGCACAAGGCCUUAACCACCGAACUAAGAUCCGCUUGCGAACAGGAGGUAGCAGCGGGAAGAUCCCACGACACGUAUGCACCGUCAACGGGGAUAGCUCCUCCUUCGACCUCUCCCAGCUUGAUGUCCGUCUUCCUGUUAAGCAUCGUUACCGAUCCCCUGUCAUUUUUGAAUUCCUCACCCAAGGCAAGCAUGGCACCACCGGAUACGCUAUCCUCUGGCUCCAGCACCUCAUCGACAACGGAGAUUUACCCGUAGACAUCCCAAUCUGGCAAACGAAGAACGGAAAACGCCUCACGCAGAACUACAUCACCGAGGACAACCUGGAGAACAAGCGCAACCCGGGCCUUGAAGACGUCCAGGAAAUUGGCCGCCUCCGGUUCCACUGCACUUUCACGCCAGGCAUUGACGAAUCUCACGAACACUUCGUCGUCGACAACCACACCCGCGAGACUUUCGAAACAUGGGAAGCUUGCAUCGCCGAGGGUGUCCGUCCCCGGAGCAUCGAGGCCGAAAUCCCCGAGCGCACAGAGCAAAUGCACGAGCAAUCCCUCCUUCAAGGCCGCGACAUUCUCAAGGUCGCUGAUCCCAAGGAACGCCGCCGCUGGAUCGACAAAGAGGGUCAAGACUGGAGUGGUGCAUUCGGCCAAGAUCCUCUUGUUCAGAUCAAAGCCGAUGAACAGAACCAGGCCAGGAGAGGACCGGGCCAACAAGGGACAGUCAUGCACCUCCCUGACGAUGACGAAGGUUCUGAUAUCAGUGACUCCUCCAACGAGCGAGAACACGAACCUGGACACGGACACGGACAGGGACAGAAUCCCGAAUACGAGGCGCAUCAAGGCCCAAACGGCACAGACGGCACGAUUGGAGGCAUCCCGAAGACCAACAACACGACCUCCCGCCCUAGCACCGGCGACAGCAAGAGCACCGGUCCCAGCCAGACGUCCACGAUGGAGACAGCAUCAAACUCCACAAAAUCCUCCAAAAAGGCUGCCAAACGCAGCGAGCAGCGUCAUCAACGCGGGAUAAUGCAGUGGAAGCCAGCCCGUAACGCGUCCUUUGCGAAGGACGAGGCCAAGUUUGCGUUGAAGAAGGUCAAGCAAAAAUUCAGCGGGGAUCUGGCUGGCAGAGAGCCUGAUAUUGAGACUGAGACAGGGAACUAA